AUGGCAUAUCUUUCGGGUGGGUUAUUCGACACAGAGGAUGACGAGCAAGAAUUGGCCUUCCGGAUCGCUGUUGACAAAAUCAAUGGAGACCCUAGUGUUCUGCCUCGCUCACGCCUGGUUGCUGAAGUUGAGAAAGUUGCUGUCGAUGAUAGCUUUAGGGCAACAAAGAAAGUGUGUUCACUCCUCCAAACAGGAAUUGCAGGCAUCUUCGGCCCGCAAUCCGACGUCACGAGCAUGCACGUUCAGUCCAUCUGCGAUGCCAUCGACAUCCCCCAUGUCGAGACGAGAUGGGACUUCCAACUGCAACGCGCUGACAUGUCCAUCAAUCUAUUUCCAAGGCCUUCAAUCCUUAGCCAAGCAUACGUCGAUCUUGUCAAGAUCUGGGGAUGGCGCAGCUUUUCGCUAGUAUACGACGAACACGAAGGUGUUAUUCGUCUUCAAGAUUUUCUCAAAGAAGCCCAAAUGAAUGACUGGAGGGUACAACUCUACCAGUUUCGCCCUACGCAAGCCUACAGAGAUAUCUUCUGGAGGAUAAAAUCAGCUGGAGAAUCACGGAUUGUGCUAGAUGUAAAAAGAGAUUCACUACGCACAGUCCUCAAACACGCUCAACAAGUGGGAAUGAUGACAGAAGCUCACAAUUACCUCAUUACUUCACUUGAUUUGCACACCAUUGACAUGGAAGACUUUAAGUAUGGGAAAACGAAUAUUACUGGAUUUCGUUUAGUGGAUGAAAAUAAUGCUGAUUUGCAAGGGCUGGUAGUGGAACUUAACACUAAAUGGACAGCAAGCAUACGCAAGCUCGACUUCCCUAUCAAAACUAUACGAACAGAAACGGCAUUAAUGUAUGACGCUGUCCAACUUUUCGCUAAAGCUCUCCAAGAUUUGGAUAUUAGUAAAACCAUUGAGUUUCCUCCUGUAACCUGUGACAGUGCUGUUAGGGGCUUAGACGGCAGCAGCAUCAUCAAUUUCAUGAAACCUAGUAGUAUCCAAGGUCUCACAGGGAAAGUCAAAUUUGACGAACAAGGAUUUAGAUCUGAAUUCGUCCUAGAUUUAAUAUACCUAACAAAAGAUGGACUAGAAAAAAUUGGAGCCUGGGCACCCGGUAAAGGAAUCAAUAUUACAAAGAACAUGUCAAACGAAUACGACACCCUUUUACUGCAAAACAAAACGCUCAUCGUAACAACUUAUGUGAAUUCCCCCUAUGCUAUGUUAAAAGAUUCCGCUGCAAAACUUACCGGAAAUGCCAGGUACGAAGGUUUUUGCAUUGAUCUCAUCGACCAUUUAGCCAAACAUUUGGGUUUCAAAUACAUCAUCAAAGAAGUUGAAGACAGAGCAUACGGGCUCAAAAAUGACAAAGGAGAAUGGAAUGGAAUGAUCGGAGAAUUAAUCCGAGGGGUUGCUGAUAUUGCAAUUGUUGACCUCACAAUAACAUCUUCAAGAGAAGAAGCAGUUGACUUUACAAUGCCUUUCAUGAAUACAGGAAUCAGUAUCCUUUUCAAGAAACCAACUACAAAAGUCACUACUCUCUUUUCUUUCCUCUCUCCGUUCUCCAUGGAGGUGUGGAUAUACGUCAUGGGGGCUCACAUAGGAGUCAGUAUAACGUUGUUUUUAGUCGGACGUCUGAGUCCAUAUGAAUGGGAUAAUCCUCAUCCUUGUAGACAAGAAGAGCAAGUUCUUGAAAACAGUUUCAGUCUCAUGAAUAGUUUGUGGUUCACUAUUGGUUCUCUCAUGCAACAAGGUUCUGAUCUUGCACCAAGAGCGAUGUCAACAAGAACGAUAGCGGGAAUAUGGUACUUUUUUACACUAAUCAUGAUUUCAUCAUACACGGCAAAUUUAGCCGCUUUCUUGACUGUAGAAAAAGUCAUUUAUCCAGUUGAGAGUGCUGAAGACUUAGCCAAGCAAACAAAAAUCAAAUAUGGCUGUCUGGGAAGCGGAUCCACCAAAGCUUUUUUCAAGGAAUCAAAGAUUCCCACGUAUCAAAAGAUGUGGAAAUUUAUGAGUUCAAACCCAGACGUCUUCAUGCCAAAUAAUGACAAAGGAGUAGACAGAGUCAUGCAGGGUGACUAUGCAUAUCUUAUGGAAUCAGCUUCCAUUGAAUACAUAACCGAGAGAAAUUGUAAUCUCACACAAAUUGGAAGCUUACUGGACUCGAAAGGCUAUGGUAUAGCUACGAGGAAAGGUUCAAAAUACAGAACACCCCUUUCAAGUGGUAUUUUAAAAUUACAAGAGGACGGCGUUUUACACAUCUUAAAAGAGCGUUGGUGGAAGCAGAAAAAGGGUGGCGGUAAAUGCAUGGACGAUUCAAAAAAGUCAUCCAGUGGGGUGACAGAACUUGGACUUGGAAACGUAGGAGGAGUUUUUGUAGUUCUUUUAACUGGUCUAGCUCUUGCUGCAUUUGUAGCAGUUAUAGAAUUUUUCUGGAAGGCAAAGAAGUUGGCACAUGUUGAUCGAGAACCCCUCUGUAAAGAAAUGUUCCGUGAACUAAAAUUCGCACUGUCCUGCCGUAGUUCAACAAAACCAGUUAUUGGCAGGAAACAAGACAAUUGUGGAGAAUUCAGAGUAUCUACUAUUCCAGGUUAUAGCACCCAAUAUUGACAAUACAAUAAUGAACUUUAGGUGCUUUUAGACAUUAUUCACUAAUAUAAGUGACAUCAAGCAGUCUAUAACAAAUUGGUGAUGAUGCAAGAGACCAUUCUAAGGGAAAAAGAAAACAUUUUAUAUAAAUAUAUAUAUAUAUAUUACUAAUGGGACUUAAUUGUAGCAUUUUUUACCCUCAACGAAAAUGAACAUAGCCUUUCUGGUAGGUUAUAAAUUUGAGCCACCAGAGUCUGACAGCAAUUUCUUUAGAUUAAUAAGUUAUUUUACUGAAUGUAGCUAAAACUUUCAGCUAUAACUAAAGGUGGCUCGAUCCUACAAUAAGUUUUAUACUACCUAAAAUUUUCUGAAAUACUAAAAAACUUUUGAAAUGGGAAGCAAAACACAGAUGCUGUUAGUAGCUUCAAUACUUAUUGAAGCUUUAGAAGCAUUUUUUAGUUAGUAAUUUUAUUUAUGCAUCAUAAUACAAAUAUGGCAUUUUUUCUCAACAAAUUACAUCAUAAAUCAUUAGUCAAUACUCCUCAAAAUCUUGUGAACAUUGCAAUCAAAGGGGAAAAUAUACAUCAGGUUAUUUGUUAAUUUCAUUUUACUCAUAAUGCACAGAUGUUGAUACACUUGUUAUUUUUAAAUCUCCAAUAAGUAUAGUUUAAAAAUGUUUACUACUGAUACUAACUUUUUACACACAACUGAUUGCACUGUUUUUAUCAAGAUUUUGAGACCAUCUGAUAAAAAUAUAGCUAUUAAAUGCUGUUCAGCUUUAAACAUACUUGAAGAAAUAACCAAGAAAAUAGUUCAACAGAUUGGUACAAAAGUAUACAAAAAAAAAAUGUACUUGCUGAUUAUAUUACUGCAAAGGAGAUAAAAUAUACUAUACAUUUGGUUACAACAAAACUGUAUUCAGAUAAAAUAACUUUAUUUUGUACAAAAAUAUUUCAAUUCGCAAAACAACUGUAAAAAUGUAUAUUACUCAUAGAUUAUAUUCAAUUGUACAGUAAAAGAUGCAAGGUACUGAAAGCUGGCUAAAAAGUAGAUAAAGAACUGGGAUUCUUAUCAAACUGAUUGAAUUCUACAAGAUGGCAUGAAAUUAAGCAGUGAUGAAGUGCAAAUGAUGAUGGGCUUUCCAUUACAGUGAACAAGGUGCUGAUCUUACAGACAAUGAUGAACAGAACCUCACAAACCAAGAGGGAGUCCUUUAUUAUAAACAUUGGUGACAUUUGUAAGCAAGGGAAAGAAAUUUUUAAUGAACUCUAAAUGAUGGAAAUUACGGUACUCAUUUCUGUCUUACUAGAAAAACUUGAAUGGUAAACUAACUGCACUAUUAUCAUAAAAAUUUAAAAAAAGCGGGUCAUUUUAAUUCCAUUCUAAUUUAAUAAAAUAUUUGAUUACUUAAAUGUAUUGCAAGUAACAACUAGUAGGUUUUAUUUUGCUUACUUUUCUAUAUUUCAUUUUGCAACCAAAUUUAUAAGGUUCCACUAUUUAUUUGGAAACUAAUAAUAAAAUUAAUAUGUAGAAAAUGUAUACAUCAUUCAAAUCCUUCACACAGAAUCUAUAUCACUUGCAAUGUAUUGAAAAGGCUGCAAUUUUAUGGCUUGAGCAAUUUUAAGUAUUUAAUGAGAAACUAAAAUUCAAGGCAAAAGAAUAUGUAUCUAAAAAGCAUUUUUCUUUUGUUUACAACUCCUAGCAUUUCAAAUAUUUUAUUUAAAAAAGCACGUGAUGCUCAAAAGUGGUUCACUUUUAGGAGUGAUUGUACAAGUAUUUUAAUAAACUUAUUACAUCAAGUUCCAUCACUAACUUCCGCUAUAGCUAUAAUUCUUUUUUAUGUAACUUUUUUUUAGUUUGAGAAUAUUGUCAACAUUAUCAAAUUUUGAAUAUGUACUGAAAUUGUAAAAUUAAAAAAGCAUAAAGCAUUAUAGGUUCAUAACUAACAUUGCUACAUAACUAGUUUGUUAAUAUUAAAAAUAAAAAUGUUGAUUAUUUUUAAAACAGCUUGUUAUUAUGUCAAAAAUGAAUCAUUCUCAUACCUAUGAAAAGUAAUUAUAUUUGAUAUUGUAUUUUUCUUUAUUUAUUUGUUGAGAGUACUAAAUAUGCAACUGUAAAUAAUUAAGUUUAAAAGCUAAGCUACAUUAAAAGAAAGUAAGUCAAAAUAAGAGUUUAAAGAUUUUGAAUAAGUUUAAAGUACUGCUAAAACACAAUAAUUACAUAUAUAGAUAGAUUUUUUUAAUAUUAGGCUUGUCUUACACAUUAAAGAAGAAUUUCUAUCUUAAAUAAUAACAGAAAUUACAAAAUGAGAGUAGAAAAGUAUGUUUCAAGCAAACUUCAUUACAUGGCAAAUGUAUUUAUUACUAUUUAGCUUAGUUUAUAUACCAGUCAUAUGGGUAGAAAAAGUUCAAUAAGUAAUUUAAUUCAGAAUCUUUAUAAAGUUUCAAACAUCUUUAUUCAAUAAAAGGCUAUUAUAUUUUAAAUUAAAAAUUGAAGUAGAUAUUUAAUGGACUCAGAAAUUGAAAUUUGUGCAGUGGUAAUUAAUCUCAUCUUGUAAUAAAUGUAACUGCGUAUUGGGAACAGCACCAAUAAUGCAGAAUAUAUAUGCAUGAAUUUUGCUCUGUGCAUAGUGUCCCUAUCUGAAAAGUGAAUUUCAGUUUAAAAAUGUUUAUGAAUCUUGAAAAAUAAUUUUUUGAUACAAUAAACUUUUCUU